AACCCAGAAGAGUGAGACUCACACACAAAAUUCCCCAAACAACACUAGGACUAGGCUAGGCUAGGCCCCCCUCUCGCCGCCGGCUGCCCUCGCCCUCUCGCCAUGGACAGCGACGGCGACCCCCACCCUCACACUCCUAACCCUGCCGAGGAGAAAGCGAGGAAGAAGUCGAUCAAGAGAGCGAGGAAGAGAGAGCUCCAGAAGCUGAAGCUCCAGCAGGGACCCAGUGAGCUACACAAGGAGGAUCCCCAAAUCUCCCCUCCCGGUGCCCUCCUUCAAACUCCUGCUCUCCGUCUGGCGGCCUUUCUCAAGAUAAAGCAGGGACCCAGUGAGCUGCACAAGGAGGGCCGCCCUGAAACUUCUGGUCCUGCCAUCGGGGAGCAAGCGGGAUCUUCCAACCUUUGCAGGUCAUUCGAACCCGAACCACCUCGUCUUCGCCACAGUUUUCUCUACUCACAACGCCCCAGGCGAUCCAAGCGAGCUACAAGCAUUGAGGAGCAUUUCAGAGACGUGAGCAGGAGGGAAUUUGAAGCAUUGACACUUGAUCACUCACCUCCUACACCUGACUUAACUCACAGGGUUGAGGAGAAUGCUGGCAUGGCGAGUGGCAGUGAGGGUCCUACAGGGGAUCUACCUGAACUCAAGGCACUAGCGCUAAAUGAGGCAUCCAGGGAAUGUGACACUGCCAGCAGCGAGACCGAGUCAGAAGUUGUUGUGGAGGAGGAGCCUGAAGAUGAAUCAGAUUUUGACUUGGAGGAGGAGUUGCGUUUACUCGAAGAGUACAAAGAGAGAAUGUUUAAUAAGGAUUUUACUGCUCAGAGUGCCACUUUAGCUGCUUCUUGUGAUAAAAACUCAGCUAUUGAGCAUGUCACUGAACAUUCUGAAGAUGCUGGAUGGGCUAGACGACUAUACUUACUGCAGGAUGAGUCUAUAAAAGCUUGUUUAGAUGCUCGGCGUACUACGGUGAAAUCUUCAAGAGAUGAACCUAGGUCUGAAGUAUCUGACAAAGAUAUUAUUGAAAAUGGAGAAAAAUGGAUGACUGAAGAGGUGAUGGUGGCUUUCAAAGAAUACAUUAAAAGAACUGAUAAACUCAGGGAACUAAUGUACUGUUUCGAGAAACUUUGCCAUCAAUGUUUUAACGUAGAAUGUUAUUUCAAGAUUUUCCACCACUUCAAUUUCACUGUGAAGACGAAGCUUCCUAGUUCAGAUGAUUGGGAAUCGAGAACAUACUUUGCUGAGUUGAAGGAGAUGUUUGGGGAAAAGUAUUAUUUCUGUUGCCCAUUGGAAUCAAGUGAAAAUGGUCAAUGUUAUGCUUGCAGCAACCAAGGGGUGGAUGAUUUGAGGCAUCCAGCUACAGGUGGAUUUGAGAGGGGUUUGCCGGAUACUGUAUUCCCUUAUAUGUAGGUGGUUACUGUAUUCUGCUAGAAGUCGCCGAAGAUGUGCUGCUCUCAAGAUUGAUGCCACAUCUUCUAUCUGCAUAUAUGCAGGUAGUAGCUAUGCUGAACUUGAGCCGUCUGUAAGACUGGAGUCAGCUGGGAGUCAAGCUUCUUCACUGUGGAACUUGUUCUAAAUGUGCUGCUGUCGUUCUCUUAGAUAAAUCAUUUUAGUGGAUCUUAGACAUUUAAUAUGCUAUUGAGUUUGAUGCAACUAGCGAUUCUCACGGAGGCCACCUGGGCUCACAGUGAUAAACAUUUUUUGAGCACACUGUGAGCUUAACGCCUGUACUUAUGUCCCAUACUUUGUUUUUU